AGUGCUAUGAAUCUUUCUUGGGCUUGACCUUCUUGUCGUCCUUACAAAGGACACACCCAAAGAUCGUGAAGGAGAAUCCUCCAUAAUGGAAAGAGUGGCCAGACUUAAAGCGAUAGUGUUCCUAUGUUUAAUAACAAGACACAGUGUUUCCACGGAGCAGUUCAUGAAAUAUUCUGUGAUCGAAUCUACGGGAAAGAACUGUCCUUCCCGAGAUUCUUGUCGACAAACCCGCAGUACUCGGGGACCCAUCGAAGUGGACUGGAAGAAAAGAAAUUGCUUUUGUGAUAAUUUCUGCUCCAUGUAUGGAGAUUGUUGCAUCGACGCACCCGCAUUCAACUCGGAAGAACAACGAGCGAACAAGAAAAACUUUGAUUGUGUGAACCUCAAGCAAUAUGGGGAUAUCUACAUCCGAAGCCAAUGUCCCUCGGAUUGGGAGCACUCCAAUAUUCAACGAGCUUGCGAAAAUCCAAAUGAAGUGUCAGAUCCUUUCGGAACUACCCCGGUAACGAAUUCGGAAACCGGAGCCACCUACCGUAAUUUUUAUUGUGCCGUGUGUAAUGCCGAUUCCAAGAGCAUUCAGUUCUGGAAACCUAGACUAGAAUGCCCAACUUUAACGGGGUAUUUCAAUCGCUUCAAGAACGUGACCAUUCAAUUCAUCUACGAGCGGCUCGAGUUCGAUGAAAACCGAAGUCAGUGGGGUGUGUCCAUCGAUACUGGGGGCAUUCAGGUGUUUCAUGCCUGUUUCAUUGAUCCCUCGGCCCCGGAAGAAUUGUUGGCCAAAAUAAGGACAUGUCCCGGAAGCAAUACCAUCAUGGAUUGUCCGACCAACUUUGAGGGUGAUGUCACACGAGAGCUCUGUCUUUCUUAUACGGGCUUGAUCUUCGAGCCCAACGCGGUUUACCGCAAUGUUCAUUGCGCCCUGUGCAACGGAGCAAACCUCGAGCGAUUAAUUUGUCUCAAUUUGGGUCCAUUUGGACGCGUGAAUUGGCAGCAAAACUUCAAUUUGAACUCAUUCGCAGUCUUGUUCGAUUUGGGUGGAGCCACCAAAAAUUCAGUUGGAUUCACUGGCGUCCAAUGUCAGAGUGGGAAGAUUUUCGAUCCUUUCUUCAAGAAGUGUCGAAGUGUUGUUUGCCCUAACGAAAACGAGCUUUUCAUUGAUGGAAGCUGUAUUGAUCCCAAUGCCAUUGACGUUGUCGAUGCCGAUGAAGCCGUAAUCGAGAUUUUAGGUGAUUCGAAAGAAGAGAACAUUAUUGUCUCAACCAUAAAGGCUACAGUCUCCUCAUCUACUUCGACCACGUCUCCAACGCCUGGCACAACUUCAAUCAAGAGUGAAGUACCUUCAAGUUCACAACCGACCUUUGAAAUUCCAGUAUUCAGCACCUCUUUCGAUUCGGUUUACUUUCCCGUUGAAGUGAACACGUCUCCGAGUCGAAAAUCAUCCAAACCUCCGGAUUUAUCAACAACUCGAACGCCAACUACUACAACAACGAUAAUCGAAGAUACUACCACAACUCUAUCACCUACGGAUUUGCCCACAACGACAACAACUACAACAACGACCUCGACGACAUUCAUUUCAUCAGAAUUACCAUCACCGAUAACGACAGCAACAACUACUCCAACAACCACAUUUGUAAACUUAACAGAAGUAACAGAAGCUCCAAUAAUACCAUACCCUGAUGCAAACGUUUCAAUCCAUCCGACCGCCAACUCUAGUUAUUCGUCUCCGGUACUGAAUGUAAACGACGACCUAAUGAAUGACACAACACUACAUGAUGCAGAUAGCCCAAUAUUGUUUCCCAACGCUCCCUCCACCUUGUCAGCCUUGAACUUCACUUAUGAGAUUAAAUCAACUUCAACAACCGAAGCUUUAAAUGAGACGGUGAAAUCGACUUCAGCUCCAGAGCCCGUUAACAAUCCUUCUCUUCCAACCUUGUCACCGACUCAAAUGCUUUUCUUGCAAUGUCCAAAAAUUCAGUUGCAAUGGGAUGAAUACCAAAUGUUGGACAAUGGAACAAUCUUUGUCGAGGAGUACAACCUGACAUUGGACAAGGUCGAGUACCAAUUUGUCAUGUCUAAUGAUGAGGAAGGAUCGUACAGAAACAUUUGGAUUUGUGUAAUUGACGCACCCGUUACUCAACCCAAUAAAUUCGAUGUGGAAAUGGGUAUCGUCACAAUGAUUGGUUUGGGCCUAUCAACGAUUUGCCUUGUUUUCCACCUGAUUGCAUUCACGAUGGCACCAGAACUUCAAAACCUGAGUGGCAAGAAUUUGGCAUCGAUGUCAAUUGCGCUAUUGGGUGGAUAUCUAUCGUUUAUAUCCGCCAUGUUCAUGAAGAACCGUUCCGGAUCUGUUGGAUGCUUCAUACUCGCCGUGUUUAUGUACUAUUUCUUCCUGUCUGCCUUCCUAUGGAUGUUCGUCGUAUCUUGGGAUAUCUUUCAUACCCUAAGAUUGGCGACGACCCAACUCAGACUCUCAAUUGGCAAACAGUGGAAGAAAUUCGGAUUGUAUUGUGUCAUUGCAUGGGGAAUUCCUACACUCCUUGCCGCGGUAGCAGUGAUUGCAGACCUGACCGCUGGGGAGUCCAUGGGUUUCAAUCCAGCAUUUGGACAAAGUGAUUUGUGUUGGUUUUCAAACAAACAGGGACUUCUGGCAUUUUUCGCUAUUCCCAUCGGAUUGCUACUGAUUUCCAACAUUGUUUUCUUUGUUCUCAGUGCUGGUAUGGUGUAUGACACCACCUCUGGAACAAAUAAAGCGACAUCAUGUGGCCCGAGUAUAAAUUUCCACCUCUAUCUGAAACUGGCUAUCAUAAUGGGCCUCACGUGGAUCAUAGGAUUGGUUGCCGGGUUCCUGAACGUCACCGAGGUCUGGUAUGUUUUCAUUGCCCUCAACACUCUUCAAGGAGUGUUCAUUUUCGUUGCAUUCUCUUGCAACCGCAAAGUGUUCCAAAGUGUCAGAUCCACAUUGCGAGGGGAUCAGCCCACCGCUACCUCCUCAUUUUCAUCGAUGCUGAGUGCCAAGCACAAGAGAUCAAAUGAUUCCAACGCAGAUCAUCUCGAGUCCAAUCCGAAGAAAGGGAGAACUCGCCCAGAUUUCACGGUCAGGGGCAAGACCAUGUAUACUGUGUCCAAUUAUCAAGUCAACCAGAGCUUAAAUCAGAACAGUUUCGAUGGUAGAUAUUUCUAAUCAUGAUUGAGCUUUGAAGUCUGACGCACUUACGUAUUAUUAUUCAUUCUGCCAUGGCUUUUCUGUUGAGAUGUCUCGACUCUUUCGAAACGUCCAUUCACACCAGACUCUUAAUAACCAAGUUUCCCCCUAGUCAGAUAUCUCGUUUCUAGACCAAUGUAUUCACCACGUGUAAAUAACAUUGAAUAACAAGUUAUGCUUGUUCUAA